AUGUCCGUGCCAAUAGACCCUGAAAGUAAGCUUUAUGGCGAACACUGGUAUGCCGAGCUUGAUCUUUCAGGAGCCUACAGCAGCUUUGACCACGCCUUCGAUCCUAUAGAGGAUGGCACUGACCUUAAUAAAAAGGCAAGAUUCGCUGCCAAGACCAUAAUCCUUAUUAGGGCUGGCCUUUUCAAAGUCAAGAUCUCAAAAACGAAUAAUACAACUAAAACCAGAUCCUACUGCCAUCUUAUAGGUCCGUACAAGGAGGAACCUACCGUUGAUGAGGGGACAAGAAAGAUGCUGGAACAUCUGGGAAAAGAGGUCGAAGCACCGUCAUCUGCUCUAGACUUACUUGAAGCAUACUGGCGCCGCCUCCGGGAAUGGCACGCCGAUGCAAGUUUAUCUGACCAACAACAACGUUCGUCUCGCGAAGACACCCCUGCACCCCCUGGAGCACCUCGAAUGGGGUGUCUUGAUGAUAAUGAUGUCCCGGAGGGGGAGAUGGGUAACUUCUGGUAA